UAUACUCUUCCUCCCUUUUGAAGCCUCCAUACCCAUCCAUAAAAUUCAGCCUAAAUCCUCUUUUCACUUUUGUGUACCCAUCACAAUCUUAUUGUCACAACAUUGUCAAGGAGGAGAUAGACAUAGAUGGGUCAAUCACUUAAGAAACUAGCUCCUGGAAGUGAGGAAAACAAAGCCAAGGAAAUUGGACCAGUAAUAGAAACUUGCUAUAAUACAUACUUUGCAGGCACCGAUAAGCAUGUCCACCGCGACUGGAAGUCAGAUGACUUCUACCAUGCUGUUUGUGAGACCAUCGAAGAAAUUAACAAAACGCUUGGUAGCACACAGUUCCGUGUCCCAAAGACAACAGAACUUGAGCAAGUAUUCAAAAUUCACCAUAAAGGCGAAGACAAAGUGACAAAGGAAGAGUUUAAUAAUAUCCUCCAAGAUUUGGUAUUCAAGACUAGGUUUUCAGGUUUUGGAGCAAAAGACAUGCUCAUCUACAUCUUUGGGGUUCCAAUGACCACCCUAUUCAUCAAGCAGAAGAUCAUUCCCAAAGUCAUUCCUAAUGAAAUUUUCAUCCCUGUUGUCACUUCUGCCACUGUUUUUGUUCUUGCCAAGCUCAACAAGAUAUGACCACCACUUAUUCAUUACAUUCAUGCACUUGUAAUGUUCUUCUAAUUGACUUGAAUUAUCUUUCUCAUGUAUUGUUUUAAGAUUAUUUGAAGGCUUAAUUACACUUUUUAACUCAUGUAUUUUUAUUUAAAUGUCACUUUUGUUCUUGUAAUUUUAAAUUUAAUGUUUUGGUCCC